UUUUCUUUUGGUGUUGUGGGUGUGUGUGCGUGUGUAUUACUUUAAGUUGAAGCUACAGUGUUCAGGAAUUUCAGUCGACCUUCUCUUCUCUGUACUUGUGCGGCCGGAACCGAUCUCUCCUCCUCCUCCUCCUUUUGCAGUGGAAAAAAUAAGUGAGAAAAGGAGCGAGUUCGGCUGGUGGUUUUUUUUUUUGGCUGUUUCUUUUUCGGGAAAGCUCGGUUUUCCUUGGCCCCCCCCCUGCCGGGUCUGUUUCCAUCUUUCCAUUUCUGGGGUUCGAGCAUUUUCGGUUCCUUUUGCUCCUGAGGGGGGGAAAAGGUUUCGCCUUUUCUCGUGAUUGGAGAAUUCGAGAGGGGGGGGGGUGCUGUUCUGGUGGGUUCUUGAUCUUUUGCCAGCGGGGUAACGAUCAAGAAGGAGGCGACGGGCUGAUCUCGGCUUUUUUUUUUGGAGGUACCCCCUUUGCUCACAGUCUCAAUUCACUAGUGAAGAUUAGAAAAGCUCCCUCCUUUUUUUCUCUCUUUUUGCAGCUACCCUUUUGGUGUGCGGCUUUGAUUCUGGUAUCUGUCCUUUGUAGAUUGGAGACCGUUUGCUUCAGAUUGAUUGGUUGUCUUGUGGGGCUGAACAUUGUUGCGGUGCCUCUACCUUGUUUUUGAUCUUUUUCUUUUUGGAUGAUUUGUGGAGUUAGUGAGCAGGAAGAAAGAGAAGUAAGCUGUUAUGGUUGAGAGGCUGGGGAUUGUAGAUGCUCUGGUUUACAGUUUUUGCUAGAUCUCAAGCAUGAAGAACUAGUCCUCCUGCUUCACAUCCGCGGAAGCAGAUUGAUACGUCUUGGAAUUUUGGCAGAUUGGUUUCUCUUGCUAUGAGAGCGGUCUUUCGAUUUCCUUGAUUGGAGAUUGCCUCUCGUUUGGAAGUUAAACAUCGAGGUGAGAUGAAUUGAUUAGGCACUCACUCGGGGGGGCAAUGUUAAGAGCAGUCGCUCUUGGCUUAUUCCUAUCUUCCCUUAGUGUCUGUGCUUACGCCGAUGACAACAGUUUCAGCUGCUGCGAUGAUGAGGGCUUUUGGAGCGUCGAAAGAAUCUUAGAGUGCCAGAGAGUGAGUGAUUUCUUGAUUGCUGUGGCAUACUUUUCAAUACCACUCGAACUCCUUUAUUUCGUUAGCUUGUCGUACGUGCCAUUCAAAUGGGUGCUCGUUCAGUUCAUAGCAUUUAUUGUCCUCUGUGGUUUGACACAUUUGCUCAAUUGUUGGACUUACUAUGGCCCUCACUCAUUCCAAUUGAUGCUGUCCCUCACGAUUGCGAAGUUCCUCACCGCGCUGGUCUCAUGUGCUACUGCGAUAACCCUUUUGACUUUGAUACCUCUGCUGCUCAAAGUAAAGGUGAGAGAAACUUUCUUGAAACAGAACAUAUUGGUAUUAGACCACGAGGUUAUGAUGAUGAAGAGACAGAAGGAGGCUAGCUGGCAUGUCCGUAUGCUGACGCAGGAGAUUAGGAAGUCACUGGAUAAGCAUACGAUAUUGUACACAACUCUGGUUGAGCUCUCUAAAACUUUGGAUUUGUACAAUUGUGCGGUCUGGAUGCCAAAUAAUGAUCGUACAGAAAUGAUUAUGACCCAUGAGUUGAAGGCAAGUUCAUCGAAGAGUUAUGGUCGCUCCAUCCCGAUCAAUGAUCCUGACGUGAUAGAGAUAAAAGAGAGGAAGGGUGUGAGGAAUUUGAGGCCAGAUUCAGCCCUGGCGGUUGUGAGUAGUGGUGGGCUCGAUGAGCUAGGUGCUGUGGCAGCAAUCCGGAUGCCAAUGCUUCAGGCGUCGAACUUUAAAGGAGGAACACCACAGUCGAUUGAUACACAUUAUGCAAUACUAGUUUUGGUUCUUCCACAAGCAAAUCCUAGAGAUUGGAGCUACCAGUACAUGGAGAUUGUGGAAGUGGUUGCCGAUCAGGUGGCCGUGGCCCUUUCUCAUGCCGCAAUUCUUGAAGAAUCUCAGCUUAUGAGAGAGAAACUGGCAGAACAAAACCGCGCUUUGCAACAAGCUAAGAGAAAUGCUAUGAUGGCUAGUCAGGCGCGAAAUUCUUUUCAGAAAGUGAUGAGUCAUGGGAUGAGGAGGCCAAUGCACUCAAUUGUGGGCCUGCUGUCUAUUCUUCAAGAAGAAACUAUGAACCCUGAACAAAAACUCGUUGUCGACGCAAUGGCGAAGACCAGUAAUGUCCUCUCUACGUUAAUUAACGACGUGAUGGAGAUCUCUGCUAAAGAUGAUGGGAAGUUCCCUUUUGAGAUGAGACAUUUUCAUUUACAUGCUAUGAUCAAGGAAGCCUCUUGCCUUGCCAAAUGCCUCUGUGUUUAUAGGGGCUGUGGUUUUGAGAUCAGUGUUCAAAGUUCUCCCCCCGAUCAGGUUAUGGGCGAUGAAAGGAGGACUUUUCAAGUGAUACUGCAUAUGGUUGGGUAUCUUUUGGAUAUCUAUGAUGGACAGGAUAAUGUCACUUUUCGGGUCUCUUGUGAGAGUGAUACUGAGGUGAAGCAUGAUAAGACUUGGGGUUCCCAAGCUAAUGAGUUUGUAACUGUAAAAUUUGAAAUUGAGAUUACAAGUGGAAGUGCUCCUUCAGGUGGCUUAAUUCCCGGAAUGCACCCAGCUGGUUGGAGUCGUGGCAGCAACAACAAUAAAGAUGCCCUGAGCUUCAAUGUCUGCAAAAAGCUUGUCCAGAUGAUGCAAGGUAAUAUCUGGAUUGCUUCAAGUUCUCGAGGUCUUCCACAGAGGAUGACACUUGUUCUCAGGUUCCUAAGGCAAGAUUCUCGGGGAAGAGCCAUGUUGCCUCCUGGAAAUCCCAUGGAGCAACAAAACCUGGACUCUCUGUUUAGAGGCCUCCGGGUUCUAGUUGCAGAUGAUGACGAUGUUAACAGGACUGUGACCAAGAAGCUUCUCGAAAGGCUCGGUUGUCAAGUGACUUCAGUUUCGACGGGUCUAGAAUGCCUUAGUGCCCUGGGCCAUACAGAUCAUUCUCUCAGAGUGGUUUUUCUGGAUCUUCACAUGCCUGAUAUGGACGGUUUCGAGGUUGCAAUGAGAAUAAGGAAGUAUCGCAGCAGUCACUGGCCAUUAAUCAUUGCACUGACGGCGAGCGCUGAGGAACGUGUUUGGGAAAGGUGCCUAAAGAUGGGAAUGAACAGCGUGCUAUGGAAACCAGUAGUCCUGCAAGGCGUGGCCGAUGAACUUCGACGAGUAUUGCAGCGAGCAGGUGAAGCGGUAUGAUGAGGUGUAGGAGGUGAUGAAUUCAUUAAUAGGCGGCUCUUCUACUUUCCCCUCAUCACAGUGUCGAUUCUUCUCGCAUGAUGUAGACAAAAUGCAUUCACUAUGCUUUACUAACCAUUUAUUUUGCUUAUUGAUAGAAUCCAAUAGGCUUAAAUGUAGCUUUUACUCAAAUUCUCAUCAGAUCAAUUCAGAUCUGCAAGAAUUAUGCAGAGAUUCACAAGAAUAGACAAUCUGAAAUUGCAGUAGAAAUGAACCGUCCAGUCAUGCACAUUCUCUCAAAAUAAGAAGGUGUUUUAUGUGAUCUGGUGCAAUAUUGGACUGGUCAAGCUGUUAAUAGUGUGGACCAGAAUUGUUCAGUUUAAUUCGUUGUAGGCUUGCUUCAGCCACCAUCCCUUCUGCUGUGUUCUUGAGCUACAGGCAUAAAAUACAGGCGGUAGAAGUUCUGUAUGGAUGAACCCUAUUACGGCACAUGACAAUGUGAGCGUCCAAGUUAAGUCUGCUUGCAUCCAGUUGUUGCGCGAAGCUUGCUGAAGUUCCAUAAUAAAUUUGAUUACAGGUAGUAGCGCCAUGGCAAGAGUUGUUUUGUCUCGGGUUUAAGACAUGUGGGUCGAGCAUUUCUGGAUUGUAGUUUACAUGGAAGUCAACAGUUUGGCACAGUACUCUGAGGUAGCAUGAUUCUUCAUUUGUUUACUAUCUUGAGUCGGUGAUCACUGAAUUUGCCCCAUUUUUCUUUGCUAGAGGUGGAAUCUUUGCGUGUGUUAGAGAGAGAACAAAAUAUAUGCCAUGUAUAAUAUCAAGUUGCACUUUUUAAGCAAGUAUGUGUGUCUA